AUGGAUGAAGAUAAACCUACAAAUAAUAAUGUCGAUACUAAGCGUACUGAACGACUUGCACGAUUAAAAGAACUUCAUUUGCGACGCAAUGAAGCUCGAAAAUUAAAUCAUGUUGAAGUCAUAGAAGAAGAUCAUCGAAAAAGUUUACCGACAAAUUUCGAACGUCGUUGUGAACGUAUUAAGAAACAAGAUGAACUAACCAAACGACGUCGUGAUGCUGUUGAUUCUGGUCUUGAUUAUGAACGUGUUGAACAAUUAGAUUGGACAGCCGAAGAUUGUGACAAAUGGGAGAAAAAACGCAAGAAAAAGAAUCCCGAUGUUGGCUUUGAUAACUAUGAACAAUGUACUUAUCGUGCGUAUACAAAAUUGACUGCACAAAUAAAACCUGAUAUGGAAGCAUGCGAUAAGCAAAAAGAAGAAUUGGGUGAAGAUUAUUAUGCAACAUCAAGUUCAUUGAUUCAUGGUUCACAUAAACCAAAUGAAAAGGCUGUCAAUCGUAUGGUUGAAGAUCUGGAACUACAGUAUUCAAAACGUGGCAAAUUUUCUCGUCGUCGUGCAUUUGAUAUCGAUGCUGAUAUCGAUUAUAUCAAUGAACGUAAUCGUGCAUUUAACAAGAAAAUCGAACGUUACUACGGAAAAUAUACAGCCGAAAUCAAGCAAAAUUUGGAACGUGGAACAGCUGUUUAA